CUUACUGUCGGACCAAUUAGAUUUUGCUUCGAAAUGAGCGUUCCAACUUGAAGUUUUAACAAAGUUUCAGUUGAUGUGUGAAAAGUUCAGUUGUACAGUGUGUCUGAUGUUUGUGACUGGGGUACGGAGCUGGAAUGUUUUUGUGGUUGUUUGUUAUUUAUACAGUUGUUGGAGUUGAAGGUAUAAAAUGGGACGCUCCAACACCAUACGAUCCUGUGUGGUUAGCGAGCGUCCAGGAAUAUGCCGUGGUACCGCCACUGAAUGAGUCGAGAUUUUGGUGGGGUUGGGUUUCUGAGUCCGAUGUUCAAUUUCGGCUAUUUACAAGGAGUAAUCCCUAUGAUUAUCAAGUAAUCAAAAUUAACGACACGAUGUCUCUACGCAAGUCCAAUUUCAACUUCUACAAGAAGAUCAAAGUAUUGACUCAUGGAUGGGUAAACAAUGGCUAUAGCCCUAUGCCGGAAUCCAUAAAAGAAGCCUACCUAAAUGUAAGCGAUGUGAACAUAAUUGUAGUAGAUUGGAGUAACGCAGCAAAUGUUAACUAUAUACUGGCUAGUUAUAAUGUAGCCAUGGUGGGGAGGCUCCUUACCAAUUUUCUAAACUUUCUCAUUAAGGAAGGUGUCUCCAUGAAUGAUGUGCACCUAAUAGGGCACAGCCUCGGUGCCCACGUCUCAGGCAUAGCUGGUGCUCAUGUGAAGAAAGGACCCAUUUUUUCCAUAACCGGAUUAGAUCCAGCUUUGCCACUUUUUACUUUUGGUAAUAAAGAUGCAAGACUGGACAAACAUGAUGCCAGGCAUGUAGAAGUCAUACACACUUGCGGUGGCUAUCUUGGAUUUGCGUCGCCUUUAGGACAUAUCGACUUUUAUCCAAAUGGUGGUACGCGGCAACCUGGCUGUGGCUUCGAUUAUAGAGGUCUAUGCGCCCAUAAUCGGGCCCAUAUGUUUUUCGCCGAGUCCAUAAUUUCCGACGUGCCCUUCACCGGGGUCCGGUGUGAGAGUUACGACGAGCUCUAUUACCACGGCUCUUGCAAGGGCACCGGGGAGACGUUAAUCAUGGGUGGUUUCGACGUACAUUUCGGGAAAGAUGGAAUUUACUACCUCAAAACGAACGCAGACCAACCCUACGCAAUUGGGGACCCGGCGUGAAUUACGAUGAAAUAUUAAUCUCCAACAGUGCCAACUUCGCCUAUAAAUUAAAAUUUCAAAGGGAUUAUUUUUGAGUCAGUCAAAAAGUGAACUAAAAGCAGUUUUAAAAAAAAAUUCUUUCACUUAUAAAUAUGAGUACUCAUACCCACAACAUAUUUU